CACUUGGGUAUGAACAAACAGAGAAAUGGCGACUGCAAGGUUGUUGCGUGCUUCUACGCCUUGGAAUCACGGUCUUCCUUCUUCUUUCUCUUCUUCUUCUUCUUCUUCUUCUUCUUCUUCUUCUUCUCCUCAUGUUCGAACUGUAAGGUGCCUGAGCAAUGCAGGGUCAAAGGGAGAGAAAAAGGUUUUUGGAGAUCAUGAAAGGAAAUCGACGGUGCUAACGAAGGUAUCAGAGGCACGGGUUGAAUUAAUAGAUGUUGUCUCUCUGCUCCCAAAUCUUAUUAUUAUUACAGCAGUUAAGGUAUUAAAUGGUGCUACGAAGUGGAGACCCGUGAAAUUGCAGAUUCAAAGCUUCAUUGAAAGGGUUGUAAUUGAUUGCCGAUUCUUUACGUUAUUUGCUGUUGCCGGAUCCUUACUCGGAUCAAUUUUGUGCUUCCUGGAGGGUUGCUUUCUUGUUUUAGAGGCAUAUUUUAAGUAUUUCCAAAUUUUAUCACAAAGGUGGGAUGAAGGGGAAAUAAUGCGCUUACUCAUAGAAGCCAUGGACAUGUUCUUGGUAGGAACAGCCAUGCUCAUAUUUGGGGUGGGUAUCCAUGUCAUGUUUGUGGGAUCCAGAAACAUGAAACAGAAACUUCCAUGGCUUCCACAUUCAAACUUGUUCGGACUCUUCAGUCUCAAGACUCUUCCAAAGUGGGUUGAAAUGGAAUCGGUUUCACAAGCCAAGUUAAAAAUUGGGCAUACAGUGAUGAUGAUACUUCAAGCUGGAGUGCUGGAAAAAUUCAAGAGUGUGCCUUUGGUGACUAGUCUAGAUCUUGCAUGUUUUGCUGGAGCGGUAGUAGUUUCAUCAGCUUGUAUAUUCCUCCUCUCCAGGCUUUCUACCUAUGGAGUACAAUAGGUGGCCGCCAGAUAAAAAAUAAAGGUAUUGACAGUCGGCUCAUAUCUUCCUUUUCUAGUAUUACUGUAACAAGUUAGAUGGGUUCCAUUAGCAAAUAGAAACACUUCUUUUUUUUCA